AUGAUAUAUAGCUGGAUGAUUGCACAUCCAAGAACUUCGAUACCAUUAAUAGCAGCUGCUAUUGCUGGUAUUACUUACACAAUCUUUGAUCCGAUUCGAACCUUUUUUAUAACUUCAAAAAUCACACAACGAUUCAACCCUCAAGAAUAUCGUAUUUAUCAAUGGCUUAGACGUGAAACUAUUGACAGAUUAUUAACUUACCGUAAUAAAAAUGAAGAUAAUUCAUUAUCUUAUCUUAGUAAUUGGGUUGAAAGAGAACAAGAAGAAAUAAAAUUAAAUAUUUGGUUGAAAGAACCACCAGAAACAUUUAUUGUAUUAUUGGGUCCUACUGGUAGUGGAAAAAGUGGAUUCAUUGAUAAAGCUUUAAAAAAUAAAAGAAAUAAACUUUUUAUAAAGUGUGAUGAAAUUCAAAAUUCUCGUGAUGAAGAGGAAGUAGAAGAGGAAGAGGAGAAUCAUAGAGAAGUGAUUGUGGUGGCCAGUCAAAUGCAAAUUGAGGAUAGAGCAGUUAUGUCACUCAAUUAA